UAGAGUUCUAAGAGCUCCGGUGGUUCUGGCGUUCUGCUCCUGAUCCUGCAGUGUAUGAGUUGCAAAUGCUUCAGAAGAAAACUCUAAAUGAGAAGUUUUCUCUCUUUUUUGCAGGUGAAUUAAAGAAAGUGACUCCCAGAGCAUCUUGGCUGUAUGAACUCUUGAGCUGUCAAGGGAUUGAGAGGCUUAUGAAGAGGUUCUGUCAGGCAAAACAGUGCCUAGCAAAGACACCGAGGAGGAGGGAAAAGGAGAAAGGGAGGGGGAAAGAACUGAAACACUAACAAACCAUGAGAUCUAUCCGAUCUUUUGCUAAUGAUGACCGCCAUGUUAUGGUGAAACAUUCAACCAUUUAUCCAUCUCCAGAGGAACUUGAAGCUGUCCAGAACAUGGUAUCAACAGUAGAAUGUGCCCUUAAGCAUGUCUCUGACUGGAUGGAUGAAAAGAACAAGUCUACAAAAAGUGAGGCUGAUGCGGAAGUGAAGGAGGAAGCUGCAGAGAGCAAUGCCAAGGAUCAAGGUGGUCGGACCUUGUGUGGUGUUAUGAGAAUUGGCUUGGUUGCAAAGGGCUUGCUGAUAAAAGAUGAUAUGGAUCUGGAACUGGUUCUCAUGUGCAAAGAAAAGCCCACAAAGACCUUGUUAUAUAUAGUCAAAGACAAUCUCCCAGUUCAAAUUCAGAAACUUACAGAAGAGAAGUAUCUUGUGGAGGAACAUGUAAAUGAGGCAGCUAUUAUUAUUCGGAACACAAAGGAGCCCAAGCUAAUGUUGAAGGUGAUACUUACAUCUCCUCUCAUUCGCGAUGAAGCAGAGAAGAAGGAAGGAGUAGAUAAUGUUGCGAUGAAAGAUCCUCCGGACUUAUUGGACAGGCAGAAAUGCCUGGAGGCCUUGGCGUCUCUGCGGCACGCCAAAUGGUUUCAGGCCAGGGCAAAUGGACUAAAAUCAUGUGUAAUUGUCCUUCGUAUUCUACGGGAUUUGUGCAACAGAGUCCCCACAUGGGCACCUCUCAAAGGAUGGCCACUCGAGCUUAUAUGUGAAAAAUCUAUAGGUACUUGUAAUAGACCUUUGGGUGCUGGGGAAGCAUUGCGACGAGUGAUGGAGUGUUUGGCUUCUGGAAUUCUGCUUCCUGGAGGCCCUGGUCUGCAUGAUCCCUGUGAACGAGAGCCAACAGACGCUUUGUGUUACAUGACAGUUCAGCAAAAAGAAGCCAUUACACACAGUGCUCAGCAUGCACUCAGAUUAUCAGCCUUCGGUCAGAUCUAUAAGGUUUUGGAAAUGGAUCCCCUCCCAUCAAAUAAGUCAUUUCAGAAAUAUUCCUGGUCAGUAACUGAUAAAGAAGGUACAGGCUCGUCUGCUCUCAAGAGACCAUUUGAAGAUGGUGUUGGGGAUGAUAAAGAUCCAAACAAAAAGAUGAAGCGUAAUUUGAGAAAAAUACUAGACAGUAAAGCAAUAGAUCUCAUGAAUGCUCUGAUGAGGCUGAACCAAAUCAGACCAGGGCUUCAGUAUAAGCUGCUGUCACAGUCUGGUCCAGUCCACGCCCCAGUCUUCACAAUGUCUGUAGAUGUUGAUGGUACGACAUAUGAAGCGUCAGGACCUUCUAAGAAAACAGCUAAGCUCCAUGUGGCAGUGAAGGUUUUGCAAGCAAUGGGGUAUCCAACUGGUUUUGAUGCAGAUGUCGAAUGUAUGAGUUCUGAUGAAAAAUCAGAUACUGAAGGCAAAAAUGAAACGACGUCUUCAAUUUCAAGCAAUAAUACUGGAAAUUCCACAGCUGACACCUCCACUACCCUAGAGGUAAGAACUCAGGGCCCUAUACUCACUGCAAGCGGCAAAAACCCAGUGAUGGAACUCAAUGAAAAAAGAAGAGGUCUGAAGUAUGAGCUCAUCUCUGAGACAGGUGGAAGCCAUGACAAGCGCUUUGUGAUGGAGGUGGAAGUAGAUGGGCAGAAAUUCAGAGGUGCAGGCCCAAAUAAGAAAGUAGCAAAAGCAAGUGCUGCAUUAGCAGCACUUGAGAAACUUUUUUCCGGGCCUAACGCAGCAAACAACAAGAAAAAGAAGAUUCUUCCUCAGACUAAAGGGGCUGUCAAUACAGCCGUUUCUGCAGCAGUCCAGGCUGCUCGAGGCAGAGGACGAGGUGCUCUAACACGAGGCGCGUUUGUUGGGGCAGCUGCUGCUACUGGCUACAUAACACCAGGCUAUGGAGCACCAUAUGGGUAUAGUACAGCUGCACCAGCUUACGCCAUAUGCACUUGUAUAAAAUAAGCAGAAAUAUAGUGACUGUAAGCUGAGAUCGUGAUAAAAAAGAGGUUUGUGGCAAUAGGACAGUUAAAGGUAUAGUCUCUUCUAUGCUAUGUAAGUAAGAAAUAUCAAAAUGUUUUAUAGCUGGCCAGAAGUGGAUGUUUGUGAAAACACGUGGGCUACUUCUAAAAGGCAUUAAUUGGAUGUAAUCGGAGAGCUGGAAUGAGUCAGAGCUGCUAUUAAGUCCAAGACAGCAUGUGGACUUAAGCCUCACUCCCACCUCUUGUCUGGAUCUAGAAAGUCCAGGUGCCUUACGCUGCUUUGCAGUUUGCUUGGUGUAGUGCAACUUCUACUUGAACACAGGUUUGCCUGCUGAAUGCAUCUGGUCUAGCAGUAGAAUAGAUGGAGGUGAGAGAGAAAGAGAGAAGAAAAAAAUGAAGCUAGAAUGUUCUUCUCCAGUCUUAAAGGCUGAGCAACAUCAGUAGCAAGUCAGAGGAAAAGUUAACUACGGUGUAUGGUAAAAACUAGGUUUAUGUCUGCUAUGGUAAACCAGCAGCUCAGUACCCUAAGAGUAAGGGGAGAUGCAAUUUUUCUCAAUAUUUUAUGAGAAAUUAGCUAAGAGAUUUAAGCUAUCCAUAUAGCAGACUGAAAACUGUCAGUCAUGUUACUGCAGCAGAUUACAUUUUUCUUCUGCUUCAGUAACUAGGAACAGGAUGGAAAGAUUUCAAGAGGAGGAGGAACAGGAGAAAUCCAGUGAGCAAACUGUAUUUCCUGAUGCAGUCUUAUUCAAAAUAGAAAGACUGCUCUAGGCAGCGUAUAUAGCGCACAACUGAAUUUUGGUAAGGAAAGGAAUAUUCAUAAUUUUCCCUAGAGGGAAAGUAGUAACUUAUUUAUACAGUGCCCACAGUAUUCUAGACAACUGGCUUUUAAAUAGAACAGCAUGGCAUCAAGAUGCUGUUUCCACAACUGCAUGUUGUUAUGUACAUAUUAAAGUUCACUAAUACUGAUAUAACUAGUCAUGACAAACGUAAAGUAGCUUUAUCCUAUCAGAAAAAAUGUAUUUUGACAUUCUGUCCACUUCUGUUUUUUUUUUAAAGCUAGAAGGGAGUUAAUUAUAGCACUGAUCUGUUUCUAAAGAAGUAGAGCAGAAGGUAAGUUUUGACUUCAUACUUUGAAGUUGCUACGAAUAAGUUGCUUAAACAGUGGAAACGGCCUGAGGUACUUAUUUUCUUUGUGCUGAUUUCUCUGUUCUUAGAAAAGCACAAGCUUGUGUAAGCGUAAUCAAUACAAAGUUACUCAGGGUACUGUGUCAGCUCAGCAGUGGACACUAACUGCAUCUUAAGUCAACAGGCACAUAUAAAUCAAGCUUAAUUAACAGGAACAGAACACUUUGGCAGGUCUUGGAUUACUACUGGAACUGUUACAAUUUAAUGAUCUAUGCAUAUGGAAACGUGUAUUUCUGCACUCCCCAUAUAUCUUGUAGAUCUCUAAAUGCAUCCUGUAAACUAAAAAAGCAAAAUGAAGUCAGUGUAGGAGAGUCUUGUUCAUUCAUUACUCCCACAAAGAACUGUUUUAUAAGCAGAAGAAAAGUAAUACUGCUCAAAGAAAGUGGGCUGAAGAACAGUAUUUAGAGCAGUGCAGCUUUUGAAAAUUUAGUGGUAUGUAUUUGGUUAGGAAACUCCUGUUUUGCUGGACUAAUUUUUUUUUUCCUGUUUUCUUCCAACUAGUAUCAUUGCUUCCCUGCUCAAAGUUACAGGAUAAAGACUAGCGUAGCUUUCUAAUAACAGCUGUUGCAUAGAAAUAAACAUAAACUGGAAGACAACAAAGGCUGUGCUGCAGACAGCAUAUUCAACUAUACAGAGCCAUUCUCUGGGCAAUGCUGCAUAAUUUAGGCGUGGGUAAAUAUGUCUUCAGGGGCAACACGACACAGAACAGAUGUUUAAAAAAUAAAAAAGCCUUGAAGCUUUACUUCUCACUAAAAGAGGGGCAGAUAUGUUCUUAUGCACUUAAUGAGUUAUAGAUCAGAGACCACGACGGCUCUGAAGGACAACUGUUUUAAAGCUAGUUUCCUUUUGGACAGAAAAGGGAGGAAGUUGACUCUGUCUUCCAGUUCCAAAGUGCAAUGUCAUAUUUGUGAUCCUAAUCCUAAAUCAGUAUUUACUGAUCAAACUAACUAAGCUUUUUAGGUCAACAAGCUCGCUACAAAGCAAUUCUGUUCUCCUCUCAAGCCUUUGCAGGGGACAACAACUGGUGCUUAACUACUACUACCGCUGCA